CCAAUGCAUACAAUACAAAUAUUGCAAUGUGUGCCAAGAAAUUGCUGACUUGAAGUCGUACUAACACUUUUCCAACACAUAUUAGACAGUGCAUUUUUCCUUCAUUGUUAACCACCAUGUGUAAUAAAAAACUGAUUGUUUUUAAUGUUUUCAUUAUUUACAACUUUGCGGUUUUCACCACAGUUCGAGGAAAACCAAAAUUGCCUUCGUUUAUAAAAGUAUGUCGACGUUCGGAUCCCCAUCUCAGCGAUUGCAUAAAAAAUUCCGUCGAAAAUUUGCGUCCACUUCUCGCUCGAGGAAUCCCGGAAUUUGAUAUCCCGAGCUGUGAGCCACUGUGUAUACCAGAAGUGGUCAUUGAUCAAGGCUCUGGGGCUGUAGCUGUUAGGUCAACUUAUCGAGACAUUAAAGUUUAUGGGCCGUCCAAGUUUGUGCUCAAAUAUGUUAAAAUCGACAUGGAAAGGGACAGAAUAAGGAUAAAGCUGUGGCUGCCGCGUUUGGAGCUGACCAGCAGAUAUGCGAUGGAAGGACGAAUUCUGAUGAUGCCCAUUUCGGGCACAGGAACCAGUCGAGGAAACUACUCCAAUAUCGACGCCACCGUCAUCAUGCAAGGCCAGAGGGUGCACAAAGACAACGAGACCUAUUUUAACAUAAAGGACUUUUACGUGGACUUCAACAUCGGACAUGCGACAAUUCAGCUCGACGAUCUCUUCAACGGUGACAAAGAGUUAGGCAAGUGGUGAGGCAAUGAAUCUGUUUCUGAACGACAACUGGAAAAAUGUCGCAAAUGAGAUCAAACCUGUUCUAGAAGACACAAUUGCCAGCAUUUUUAAAAAGUUCUCGAACAAAAUCUACCACAAGUACCCUUUGAAUCUACUUUUACCCAAAUGAUUUGUUGCUUGAAGUGAAAUAAAUAAAUUCUUACGAUUU